GGAAGGCGGAAGUCGUGUGUGCCAGGAAGUUGGUGUGGCGGGAUACGCGGCUGGCAAAAUGAAGGUGAAAAUGUUGAGCCGGAACCCGGACCAUUAUGUCCGAGAAACCAAGUUGGACUUGCAGAGAGUUCCAAGAAACUAUGAUCCUGCGUUGCAUCCUUUUGAAGUUCCACGAGAAUAUACAAGAGCUCUAAAUGCUGUCAAACUGGAACGAGUAUUUGCAAAACCAUUUCUUGCUUCCCUGGAUGGCCAUAGAGAUGGAGUAAAUUGCAUGGCAAAACAUCCAAAGAGCUUGUCUACUGUGCUUUCUGGAGCCUGUGAUGGAGAGGUUAGAAUUUGGAACUUGACUAAACGAGAAUGCAUCCGUACUUUGCAAGCACAUGAAGGUUUUGUACGAGGAAUAUGUACCCAUUUCUCUGGAACUUCUUUCUUUACGGUUGGUGAUGACAAGACUGUGAAGCAGUGGAAAAUGAAUGGACCAGAAUAUGGAGAAGAAGAAGAGCCUUUACAUACAAUAUUAGGAAAGACUGUAUACACAGGAAUUGAUCAUCAUUGGAAAAAAGAUGUUUUUGCUACAUGUGGGCAACAGGUGGACAUCUGGGAUGAACAAAGAACCAGUCCUAUUUGUUCAAUGACUUGGGGUCUUGACAGUAUAAGCAGUGUUAAAUUUAACCCAAUUGAGACUAAUAUCUUGGGAAGUUGUGCUUCUGACAGAAAUAUAGUGCUAUAUGAUAUGAGGCAAGCCACUCCUUUGAAGAAGGUCAUCUUGGAUAUGAGGACAAACACACUUUGUUGGAACCCGAUGGAAGCUUUCAUUUUCACUGCAGCAAAUGAAGAUUUUAACUUAUAUACAUUUGAUAUGCGUUCCCUUGAUGAACCUGUGACAGUACAUAUGGAUCACGUAUCUGCAGUCCUUGAUGUGGAUUACUCACCUACUGGGAAAGAAUUUGUGUCUGCUAGUUUUGACAAAUCCAUUCGAAUCUUUCCUGUAGACAAAAUUCAUAGCAGAGAAGUAUAUCACACAAAGAGAAUGCAGCACGUUAUAUCUGUGAAAUGGACAUCUGACAACAAAUACAUUUUGUGUGGAUCUGAUGAAAUGAACAUUCGACUCUGGAAAGCCAAUGCUUCUGAAAAAUUGGGUGUGCUUACAUCACGAGAAAAGGCAGCUUUAGAUUAUAACCAGAAGUUGAAGGAGAAGUUUAAAUACCAUCCUCAGAUAAGUCGCAUAUCUCGCCAUCGUCAUUUACCUAAGACCAUCUAUAGCCAAAUUAAGGAACACCGCAUCAUGAAGGAAGCUCGUCAGAGGAAGGAAAUGAAUCGUAUCAAACAUAGCAAACCUGGAUCUAUACCGCUUUUGCCAGAGAAGAAGAAACACAUAGUAGCUGUUGUGAAAUAAUAUUUGAGAGUUCUACUAAUUUUUGAGACUCACAUAACCUUGGAGCUGAAAGAGACUUUAACAAUCACCGCACCCAAUGUACUUAUGUUAUACAUGGGGAAAUUGGGGCCUACAGAGGUGUGAAGUGACUUGUCCAGGCCAUACAGUGGCAGAACCAAGACCAGAACCCAGUUCUUCGGAAUCCCAGUCCACUGCUUUUUCUACUAUAUCAAGCCAUCUUAUUCUUACUUCGAUUUGGGAAAGCACCUCUGUAUUUAACUUCUUCUUAUGUAUUUUUUGGUGUGUUUUCAGAGUUGUCUUAAUUUAAAACUUAAGAUAGAACAUGUCUUUUUCUAAAACCUUUGUACAUUCUUCCAUAAGUUUAUAGAUAAUACGUGCAAUCCUGCAAAACUUAAUAAAUUCUAGUACUGAAAAAUGACUAGCAAAUAUUCAUUUUAUGUACUUACUACCUAAAAGAUAAAAAACAACCAUUAACAUAGAUCUUGACCAACAUCGUGUUAAGGCAUUGGUUUGUUACUUAUUUGCAAGAAAACGUCACCUACCGAGUCACUGGCAUCAUCACCUGCAAUAACUUGUGGUUUCCAUAGUGAUGUCUCACAGUGAAUUGUGCACAACAGAACCUGACUCAUUAAUUAAAGACAUGAGCAAUUUCCUGCAAUUCAAAGCAAUUUCCUAAUUUAGAAUUGGGAGCACAACUUUAAUCAUUUUAGAAUAUAAACUUUAAUGAGCACAACCUGUUGAAAUUCAGUGCCCAAAAAACACCUAACAAGCAAAGUUUUCAGUUAAAAACUAGAACUAUAAUGAUCUAAACUAGACCCUUAAGUGGAUGGAAUAUUGCUUAGGGACUUCUAGUAUUCCUUAGAGGGAAGAAGAAGAAUCCAGAAUGCUGUUCAACAUCAUUUUUUUCCUGUUCUGCUGAACCACUGCUAGCACACUGUUAUGUAAUGGGGCCACAGAGUAAAGCAUUAAUAUCCAACCAAUGGGUGAUUUUGAUCCUUAUUCACUUCUGUUUCUUGAAUGGAGGGUAAAUGAUACCCUGUAUUUUCCCUUAUGUAUUGCUGUCUUUGGGGUGUCACUGCAACAUUAUUUUGAGGAUUAGGUAUGUGUUAGUGAUAGGAAUUAGACCGUUUUGUUAACCAUUUUAUACUAAGGAGACAAAGAAUAAAAUGGAUAGCCAGGAUUAUCAGAAAUCUUAAUAAGGAUAUUGUCUACUUUUUCUUGAGCACUGAAAAUUAUGUUUCAGUCCAUGUGACAUAAAGUGCUUAGUACCUUUGUGUUUUACAUAGAAUUGGUAUUUUAUAAACUUGAUUAAUAAGGUUGGUUGGUUUUAAGAAUAUGGUAAGCACCUGUGGUUUUGUCAGGAUGAAAAUUCUCCUUGGCACAUCAUAACCAAUUUGUAAUAGAAUAGUGAUUCCUAGUUUCUUGGAGAUUAGGCAGUUCAUCAUUUGCUUUAUUUUUAGGAAUCCCAUUGCUCCUGAAGAUGUUGAGUAUCAUUCAUUUUUUUUUAAUUAAUUUAAAAUUUUUAAAAGAAUUUCCAAAUAUCACGUGAUAAUUGAAGCCUCUUGUCAAAAUCAAGUCUAGGGAUCAUUCUAAUAAGUGAAAGCUGAAUAUAAGGAACCAUAAAAUGAUUUGAGAUGAUUCCUUAUGUGUCAAAUGGAUUAAUGUGAAUCUAUAGCUGUAAAACAUGCCACCUUUAACAAAGAUAACAUUACAUGUUCUCAUUUUGUUAGAAACUUUACCAGAUUUAGAAAUGAUACAAGAGAUAGAUCUCUUCGUAUCCACAUUCUGCAUGUGUGAAUUUGAGAUAAAGGGAUUUAUUAUUUAGCAUAACUUUAGAUGUGCUAGAAAAUGUAAAAUAUGAAACCUGUCUUUAGAGAAAGAGGUUUAUUUAGUGGGCCCACCUCUAUUCAGGGGAAGAAACAAGAAUAUGAUGUCAGUAUCUGGUGUGGGUCAGAAAGGGUUCCAAAACCUAGAAAAAACCUAUAACAUAGGGGCAUCUAGGUGGCGCAGUGGAUAGAGCACUGGCCCUGGAGACAGGAGGACCUGAGUUCAAAUCCGGCCUCAGACACUUAACACUUGCUAGCUGUGUGACCUUAGGCAAGUCACUUAACCCCAAUUGCCUCACCAAAAACAAACAAACAGAAAAAACCCUAUAACAUGAGACAAGAUACCCCUAUCCCCAGGAGUGAUCAGGAAUAAGCCUGUGCUAGCCACACCCUGACUCAGCUCAUCCUCCCCAGGAGAACAAGAUCUAGAAAUAACUAUCCUAUUAUUUUGAUGCCUCCAAGUCAUCUAAUCCAAAGGACUAAAUCAAGUUCACUUGGGCUUGCCUUAGAAUAGGUCUGGAAUGGCACAAUAGCACUGGCCCUGGAGUCAUGAGGACCUAAGUUCAAAUCACCUCAAAUACUUACUAGAUGUGUGACCCUGGACAAGCUACUUAACCCAAUUGCCUUAAACAUCCAGAGCCAU